CUCAUGUUGGGUACAAAUGCAGCAGAGGAGAGCUGCGACCGCAUUCCACCGCUCUGACGACUGACCUCACACACAGAGUGCUCCAUGCGCCCACGUCACGCAGUCAUCAUACCACUCUAGCCGUAGCUCAGACCAGUAGAAGGGGAUGCUGGCGGCUGGCAGCCACUGAGAGGAGGAAGAAGGUUGUGUUUUCCCGAACGUGCUUGUUGAGGACUUCCCACGUUAAUAACUAACUGGGCUGUGAGUCAUGUGGGUUGCACCUGCCUUCAAUAUACAGUUGGUCCAGACAUACUGCAGUGUCAUCUCAAGGGAGUCCAACAUUUUCCCACUGUUCUCAGAAGGAAGACUAGCCAAAGGCGAGCAGGGCUUUACCUGAUCCUUGACUCAUUCACAGAGCAGGAAACUUGAGCCUACGCACAAAAAAAGGGAGCCAUCAUAAGCCGCCACUGAAACAAGAACCUCUGGACAGAGCGUCCAGAGGUCCACGCUGACGGCUGCUUGCGGUGCUUGAAGAAGAGCAUCAGGAUGCUGGCUAAAAUCCUGGAGGAGAUGUGGGUAGAGCCUGAGGUGUUGGAGGCCCUGAGCGAAGAGCAGAAGAGGAUUCUCUUUCUCAAGAUGAGAGAGGAACAGGUACGCCGUUGGAAGGAGAGGGAGGGCAGAGAGGAAGAAAGUAGCAACAGCGGCAGCAGACCAAAGAAAGCCACCAGCAAGCACGUGAGUUGGCUCCUCGGUCGUGAUGGGGAUGUGUGCGUUCGUGUGAUAGGAGAAGUGGAUGAGUUCAGGUCUUCCAAACUUCUCCAGAACCUUCUGAGUAACAGGCUCCAUCAUGAUAAUAUGAACGGCAUCCAGACAGCAGACAUGCUGGCAGGAAAAAUGUCCCGGCAGCUUGGAUUUAAAGAAGAAAGCCAGCUCAUUCUAACUGAUGACACCGCUAAUGACCCGGACUCGCCAAACAUCCAAUUGUCUGAGGACGAAAUGGAUUCUAACAGCACAGAUGACGACCUGGAGAACCCCAGCGAAGGCAGUGACAGUGAGUCAGGCGGCAGUUUGGACAACCUCAGCCACUGGGCUCCUCCAAACAGGCCCCAUCUUAGUAGCCAUGGCAACAAACCAGCCCAGCUGUUAGACGCAGAGAGGGUCAGCCCACAGGCCAGAGAUGGCGUGAGCAUUCAAGACAGUAAGUCUGAAUAUGGAGGCAGAGUGGCCCAGCUCAGGAAAGCCUUUGGUUCUGAUCCUUCUCACAACUUCAGCAAGCCCCCUUUACCUGCCAAACCUGCUCAUCUACUGUCCAGAGGCACGUCGUCGAUCCCUUAACAUGCCGGCUUUGAGACAAUGCUGUGACCCCAAAGAGACUGAUGGACUGAAUCGUGUUACGAGUACUAUGAGGGAGUCGCUCCAGACACAAGACAUUUGUGGUCCAGGCUCAAGGCCAUCUGAAGGCGAAACAGGACUUUGUCACUUUAUUGACACUUUAUGUUUUGCAUUGCUUCCAGAAAAUGUAUGUUGCGUGACACAAAAAGAAAAAAUGAGAGAACAUUUUCGCAUUACUUCAUAAUAUACGGUGCACAAACUGGACAAAACAUUAGGUGCACCAUAUUCAAGGGAUGUCCCCAACAUUUUGGCAACAUUAUUUAGCUAAACACCCAGUUUAGGAAUGCAUCAGUAUACACCUGACCACAUUACACAUGAACAUUUGUCUGAUUGGGUCUAUCGUGAGCAUUGUAAAUUUCACUGAGACAGUAUUGCUGUAUGGAAAUCUAAUGAGGACAAAUAUGUACAUGAAACAUCCAGUGCACAAGUUGGAUCUUUCAUUAAUACUCAACCAACAUGCCGUCACAGUACAAGUGUGUUGAAACUUCACAACGGUUUCAUUUGUUGUCAAGUAUACUGGUGAACAUAGCCAGUGGUCUAAUAAUAUCAAAUAUUUACAGACCAAACUUUACUGUGUCCCUUUAGGGGGGAAUCCAGAAAACGCAAAACCCACAUCAAAACAAAAGUUGCAUUGCCAUUGAGUUACGUGGAAAAAGACAUAUUGUGUUGUAUUCAGUGUUGCAUUCUCAUGUGUUGGAAAUUGUAUCCACUAGUCCCAUAUUUUCGUUCUGAUAGGGUUAGACAAGGAGGUUGUUGAUAGUGGCCGGCUCGCACAAUGAUUAUCUAUUCAGCAAGAAAACAGCCCACCAGAGAUCAAACAGAGAGCACAUAAAGCUGAUUAGCAUGUGGUUAAGACGCAGAGACAGAGGGCGAGACGCUCGGGGAGACGGAGCAAAUGCGAGUUGGGUCACGGGGAAGCAACACGUCACGGCCGACUCAUUAAAGCUCCUCACAGCAUUCCCUCACCACCUCCACACCCUCAGCCUCAGGAUUUGCCGUCCUAGUGUGUGUGUGUGUGUGUGUGUGUGUGUGUGUGUGUGUGUGUGUGUGUGUGUGUGUGUGUGUGUGUGUGUGUGUGUGUGUGUGUGUGUGUGUGCGUUCCUGUGCACCCGCCCCAUAUCUCGGAUCAUGUGACUAGACACACGCACGCAGUGUGAAAAGGCCCACUAUAUUUAGCAGGGCAGUGUAGGGUUUCCCAGCCAGCCAGCCAGGCAGGCAUUGUGGAGAGGGCGGUCAACUUUGCCGCACAAGAAAGUGCACAUCAUAUCAAGUGUGAGAGGCAAGAGUGUGCAGGUGCUUCUUUUAUGCCUCUCUGGCCCAGAGGGAGAAAUCGGGACACUUCUUGUGUUGUGACAAAGCACCUGUCAAAGAUCACAUGCUGUACACCUGAGACCGUUUACUUCCACAUUGAAGUCAUUGUGGAGAAACGGGAGAUCAAACUGGGAAGCUGCAGCUCACUUGGACAUAGAGAGCACCUUCUUUCUCACAGAUGUUUAAUAUGCACUAAUCUGCCAAUGCAGGUAAUACUAAAAUAGUAAAUUCAUACAUAUAGUGGAACAUCCUACAGUGGACAUUUUUGUUGUACAGAGCACCUUGACUCAGGAGUGCUUUGAGUUAUGCCACCAUGCGAGUAAAGUGGGGGAAAAGUUGCUGAUGCACUUUCAGCCGUUUAAUGAGGGGUGCAAGCAGUCAAACGCAAAAUGUGUGCAUGCCAUGGGAGAGCUACAGUAGGACAGAACUUGUUAUAGCCAAACUCAACCCAAGAUAUCAAAACUUCCCGUUGUAACGCGGAUACUAUCUUUAUUGGAUACCGCUUGUGUUUCUACGAUGUAUAUAUUUAUUCGAAAAAUACUACGCUUACUCAUCUACGGUGGCCGCCAUAAUAACAUUGUGUGACGUCAAUCAGGCCUUUCUUUCCACAUAAUUUACGACAAAACCAGACAGAGUUAGCAUUCAGCAUUGAUAAGCUAUAGAGCUGUCUGAUUCGGCUUAUCUAGCAAGCUAAUGGCAGACAUGCUGACUCACAACAGCCGGUCCCAUCGGUCGGCGGCCGCUAGCUGCUAGCCGCCUUGGCCAACUGUCUGCAGUGUAAUAGGUGAAACUUAAUCUUCACACACAAACAUGCAGUUGCUACCCAUCCAUCUUGAAUAAAUAACACUUCAAUAUUAAUACAUAAAUAAUAAAUAAAACGUGUGGCUUUUUUGGUAAUUACAAACUUUAUUGACCUGUCUACUGCCAAACUAUGAUAAUCGUGACAUGAAUUUGCUCAUUUUUGGUAUUUGAAAAUCUCACAAAAUGUCUAAUCCAAUCUAUUCAAAUGUUAUUACAGGAUAGCAAAACUAGAAACAGGUUACAUGUUCAGACUCGUGGGGGCAUAUAGAGUAUACUAUUGCAGUGUUUUAAUUGAUUCUUAUGUGACGAAAUCCACAUUCACCGUUGUUUCAGUGUCUGGAGUGGUGUGGGCGGUGUUUCACUUGCUUGACACCUGACUCCCUCAUUAAAUAUGAAGAAUUUGAUAGAGAGAAAUUGUAUUGCGUGAUAUAAUUCUUGAUCACUGAGGAACAAUGUUUUUUUAAUGAUGAUGAUGAUGAUGAUGAUCAUGAACUUCUGAAACGAGAGAAUCAAAACUUUAACAUAACUACGGUAGACAACAAUGAAAGAAAAUGGAAGAAGCCCGACGUUGAUCAUAAAUAUGACUACAUUGAGAGAAAAUAUAUUUUUAAAAAUGUAAUGAAAAUUAACCAAUAUAAAUAAACUCUUUGGUUUUGAA